AACUAAUAAUGUGAUCCCAUCCAAACAAAAUUGAGUUUACAAAAAUUAAAACUAAUCCUGCUGCAUCUGACAAGCUUCUUAUGCAACCUAAUUUUCUGCACUAUUCAACUAUUUUCUGACAUUUCAAGUUGAAACGGUAUCUUACGGUCUUUGUCGGGUCAACGCUAAAACCUCACGGGGUAAAUGAAAACCUAUGAUAAUAGUAGAUACAAAGUGGCCUACACAUAAAAUUAUCAUUUUAAGAAUGAUGCAGAAAUGGCAGAAGAAGAAAGCCCAGUUCCCUGUUUUAGCUUUUGUGUUUCUGAUCUUCAUUUUGUGCUCAAUCUUCUAUAAUGAGCGUUACAUCCACCAAAUCCAUCAGGAGAACUCGAAUAAUAAUCAUCAGAUAACUAAUCUUGUUGAUGCUUAUGAUAAUAACCCCUUUAAUCAUUUCAAUCAUACCCUUGAUGAGCUUCCUCCAGUGGCUUUGGAUAGAUCUAGCAAGUGUGAAUCAACUGUGAAAUAUAGUGGACAGGAAGCUAAAUGGGCUGUGGGGAAGCAGGAGGUGACUGGGAGGAGGGAGAGUUUGGAGAGGUGUGAUGUUUUUUCUGGCAAGUGGGUUUUCGACAAUUCGACAUAUCCACUCUAUAAUGAGUCUGAUUGUCCUUACAUGUCUGACCAAUUGGCUUGUCACAAGCAUGGAAGGCCUGAUUUUGAUUACCAUUACUGGAGAUGGCAACCCUAUGGCUGCGAUUUGAAGAGAUGGAAUGCGACUGAACUAUGGGAGAAGCUUCGCGGGAAGAGACUUAUGUUUGUGGGGGAUUCGCUAAAUAGAGGACAAUGGAUAUCAAUGUUAUGUUUGUUGCAGUCUGUAAUUCCUGCCAACAAAAGGUCAAUAACUCCCCAAGCUCACCUUACCACUUUUAGAGCAGAGGAGUAUAAUGCAACCGUGGAAUUUCUUUGGGCCCCUUUGCUUGUUGAAUCCAAUUCUGAUGAUCCUGUAGAUCACAGAUUAGAUGAACGAAUAAUGUGUCCAGACUCACUCCUCAGGCACUCAUCUGAAUGGAAAAAUGCUGAUAUACUUAUUUUCAAUUCGUACCUGUGGUGGAGACAGGGUCCUGUUAAGCUGCUAUGGAGUACAGAAAGAAAUGGUGUUUGCCAAGAGAUAGAUGAGCUAAGAGGCAUGAACUUGGCCAUGGAGGCUUGGGCAGAAUGGAUAGAUUCUAAUGUUGACCCCCUUGAAAAGAAGGUCUUCUUUGUUACCAUGUCGCCAACACAUCAAUUAUCUCUUGUCCUCUCAGACCUCAGUUACAGCUCUGCUAAUGAAGUUAAGUUAUAUGGCUAAUUUGUGGUAAUUUGUGUCUUAUUACCGGGUAAACCUAAUUUCAGCCAGCUUUCACAUAACUUAUUCCUAAUAAAGAAGGAACGGAAACUCAAUGUGGUUGAUUGCUCCUUUUAUGUAAUCUUUGAGGGAAAUGUGUAAUAUACCUCUUUGUUGAGUGUUAAAAUUUUUCAUCAAAUCUAAAUACUCCCUCCGUCCCUUUUUGCCUUUUUAGCUGUCACUUUGGUGUUUUGCAAGUAAUUUAAGAUGGCUAAAAAGAAAUUUUUACUCAUUAAUUUUUAAAAUUUUCUUUUUUUUUCAAAUAAAAAUAUAAACUAUAAACUUUAAUUUAGGAAAAGAAGAUUUUAAAAUAGUGGGUGGAAGUAUCUCUUUUAGCAACCUUAACUUACGUGCAAAAAGUCAAAGUGACAAUUAAAAAUGGAUGGAGGGAGUACAAUUUGUGCAUUGUAUCGCUACAGUAUCUGCAACUGUUAAUCUUAGCUAAAGAUAUCAAAUAUAUAUAGGCUCCUACAAUGAAGUUUAAAUUUAUCAGUGGACUAUACUUUGUUCAAUAAAGUUUUCCUGAUUAAACUUCUUCUCGUAAUCAGCUCAAGUUGUUUUUCUGUUGUCUGUCUUGAGUUUAUGUGGCA